AUUCACGCCAUGCAGGCCAGGAUACCCCACAGGUUUCGCGAUCCAGCGACGGCGCCCCUGAGGAAACUCAGCGUCGACCUCAUCAAGACCUACAAGCACAUCAACGAGGUUUAUUAUGCGAAGAAGAAGAGGAGAGCACAGCAGAUGCAAGGGGAGGAUGGCUCGCAUAAGAAGGAGAGGAAACUCUACAACGACGGCUGGGACGACGAUAAUCACGAUUAUAUCAUCAAGAAUGGGGAAAAGUUCCUCGAUCGAUACGAGAUCGAUUCGUUAAUAGGUAAAGGCAGUUUUGGCCAAGUAGUGAAGGCAUUUGACCACGACGAGCAAACGCAAGUGGCAAUAAAAAUCAUCAAGAACAAGAAGCCUUUUCUCAAUCAAGCGCAAAUCGAAGUUAGGCUAUUGGAAAUGAUGAACAGAGCGGAUACCGACAACAAGUAUUAUAUAGUUAAACUGAAGAGGCAUUUUAUGUGGCGGAAUCACUUAUGUCUGGUAUUCGAGCUGCUAUCGUAUAAUCUAUAUGACCUACUUAGAAAUACGAAUUUCCGAGGUGUGUCAUUGAACUUGACGAGAAAGUUUGCACAGCAACUGUGUACUGCCCUCUUAUUCCUGUCUACGCCGGAAUUGAACAUCAUUCACUGUGAUCUGAAACCUGAAAACAUCCUCUUGUGCAAUCCCAAACGAAGUGCGAUAAAAAUAGUCGACUUUGGUAGCUCGUGUCAACUUGGACAAAGAAUAUAUCAGUAUAUCCAGUCCAGGUUCUACAGAUCUCCAGAAGUCCUAUUAGGAAUACCUUAUGACCUCGCGAUAGACAUGUGGAGUCUGGGAUGUAUUUUAGUAGAAAUGCACACGGGAGAACCUCUGUUUAGUGGGGCCAACGAGGUCGAUCAAAUGAACAAAAUCGUAGAAGUACUAGGAAUGCCGCCGAAACAUAUACUGGACCAAGCGCACAAGGCGCGGAAGUACUUUGACAAAGUCCCCACGGAUGGCUCGUACGUGCUGAAAAAGUCCAAGGAUGGUAAAAAAUACAAACCUCCCGGCACGAGGCGCUUGCACGAUAUUCUAGGUGUCGAGAACGGCGGCCCCGGCGGCAGGAGGAUGGGCGAGCCGGGCCACUCGAUGUCCGAUUAUCUCAAGUUUAAGGACCUAAUCGUACGGAUGUUGGACUUCGAUCCGAAAACACGGGUAACGCCGUAUUACGCGCUUCAGCACAACUUCUUUAAGAGGACAGCCGACGAGGGGACCAACACGAAUGUCGCCGCUGCCAAUAGCGCGAGCACGAGUCCGGCAGUGGUGUCGAUGAGCCAGGAUCACGGACUGGUAACCAUGUCGGGACAGGGCAGCAGCAGCAGCAGCAGCGGCGGCGGUGGCGGCGGCGGCGGCAGUCUGCAGCAGAUGCAAGCGUCGAGUCUCCCUGGUGGCGGCUACCAGCCCAUGGAGUGCGAGUCCUCGCCCCGUCACACGGGCAGCCGGCGUGCCAUAACAACGGGCUACCCGUCAACGUCGGCCACUGGGGUGCCCGCGUCCGCCCCGAUGUCCAUGCAAUCCAUGGACAGCUCCCUGAUACAGAGCUCUCUUGGAUCGUACAAUAGCCUAAUUCUUCCUGGUAUACCCCUGCCUGCGAUGAUGACCUCGCCAAUGAUUCAGCAGCAGAACUUCUACAACUACGGCUACUCGGCUACUGAUACACACGGUAUGGUUAGACAGCCGUCAACGGUGUCGUCCGGUAACCAGCGAGAUCCAGAGAGAGAAGACAGCCCGAUGGUCGGGGUAUGCGUCCAACAGAGCCCAGUUGCUAUCCACUAAAGUGGCAAGAGAGGCAACUGAACGGUGGACAAUACAGCUUGUCGCGAACGUAAGACCGUGAAGAAGAUGAGUAGCUGAUUCACAGAGACGGCACGCCUUGAAUGAUAUUAUCGUGGCAUUGACAAGAAAACAAAAUUGACAGAAGGAAAAAUGGCAUGUUGAAACAUCUUGGAAGUCGUUCCCCGAUGCUGCUUUCUCAUCGUAAAGUCAAGAGGACAUAAAAAGAAACAUGGUGUCGCGAUUAGCUUUAACUUCGGCAAUGGAUUCAAAAAAUUUUUCGGACACGUUGGUUUGGCUGAACAAUUCUGAAAAACGCAAACGAAAUUUCCCGGAAAAUCCACGAAACAACCGCAAGUCACAAAGCCCAAAUCUCUCUGUGUGUCAAGAGAUCAUAGAAACGAAAAAGUACCCUAAGCUCGGCGGCGUUAACGAUUGUAUGAAAAGUCCAACGAGUAGGAGAUAAUGCGAUGGAAAAAAGAAGGUGUGAGAAGGAACCUCUGUUUCUGUUACGUUGCUGAAUUUUCGUAUUUUUUAUCAAGCUGACUGGCCCUAUGUUGAGAAUGAAUAUAUGUGUCUAACACGGAAGAUUGACGAAAGCUUCGAGCAUGGACAGACAGUAAUGGUCUAGUGAGGAUGAACCCAGCUGGCCUCUCGGGUCCUGCCCGAUUUCCACAGACACUCUUAGCAGUUUUUAGCAGAAACGGCUGAGCGGAAAACUUUCGGCAACCAAACUGUGUGGCCUAGAGAGCGAAAAAGUGAUAAUUACUAUUAUUACCGCGUAAAAAAAAGGGAGGAAAGAGUAAGAAUUACCAAUGUAAGCAUGUACUCCAAUAGAGUUUUAUACACGAUGUCAAGAAUGUAAACGGUUUAGCAAGUACUUGCGAGCAAACAGUCGCGUUGACUGCUAGUUAUUUGUACAAUACACUUAGGUGAAUGAUAAGAGUGCAGCUUUAGGGUUUAGCUUUUAAGUGUGAGGAGGUAAAACACACACACGUACACACGUACACACACAGACAUUGUAAACUCGAAUCUUUUAUUUACUUUAAUGGAAGACAAGGAUGUUGCAAACGUUAGUUUGUUGUUGAACAAGGACUUUAAACAAACGAGGUUUGCGCGGCUUAACAAUACAUAUUUAUACAUAAAAAAAAAAGCAGUAAUAAGAAAGUUAAAAAGCAGCAUACACGUAAGAUCGAUCAAGAAUGAUAUAAUCAUACAAAGAACCUAGAUACUUUAUAAUAAACAAUACGCGCGUACUCGCAUACACAUGUUUCCAACGCCAAUCGUCAUUGAUUUUUGCCGUUUUGCCCCGAUGGUCGCUGCGCUUAUGCCAUUCGCACCAUUCGUAAUGUAGCCCCUUUAUUUAUAUAGAGGACUCUACUUUUAUUCGGCUCAAUAUUUUAAAUCUCCAUUAAAAUGUGACUCUUUUAUUAUUUAUGUAUUGUAAGACUAGAUGACGAACAAAAAUAGAAAUUAAUAAUUUCUUUCUUAUUAUCAUCAACCAUAUUUUGUCACGAAACUACCAAUUGUAAGUGUAGUAUAGUACCUGAAGGCAAACCAUUAAAAUGCAACCAUAAUCCCUACCACCCAGAUGUUACAAAGGAAAAAAAAGUAUGACUUUUAAUAGAAAAUAAUAAUAUAUGCUGUAAAGAGAAAGAAAUCUUAAAGAAUUAUGCAUGUUGCUUUUCUGUAAUCGCGAUAGCAAAAUAUGGAAAUACCAAGUCUGUUUACAAGGUAUAUUUUAUAUAUUUGCGGCUUUUUAUACUCUUCCAUAUAAAAGAGAAUAUAUGAACGAAGACUUGAAAAAUUUAGAGAAUAAUUUAUCUGUAUUAUGUCACAUUUAUUGCAUUAUAUAUGGGACAAGCGUAAUCUUUUUUUUUUGUUGACGGAUCUUACCGAUUUAUUGUUGUUAAAUUACUUUUAAGACGUUCUAUAUCUAAUUUUAAUUGUUUCUUUUUUGUGGUCUCCGAUAAAUGAAGCUACAUGUGUAAUUCCCAAUGUAACCGUCAUCUUUAACAUUUUAAUUGCGAUGUCUUUUUUUUUGUUUUGUACGAAAAUUUUAACGCGUAAAUAUAAAGCAGCGGCAAAGCAAUUUCGUCUGCAUGACUGCGACUGUUGUCAAAAGAGCUUGGCCAAAAAGAAAAGGUAUUAGACGACCAAGAGAAUUCUUAUAAUGUAUUUUCUGGAAAAGUAACGAGUCUCACUAUGAAAUUUAGAUUUGAAUUCUUGUUGUAUUAGUUGUAAAUAUAUGAGAAAUAUAAGAUACUUUCGAGUAGCUGAGAAAAGUCUAACGUUUCACAAGCCAUUCGAUCUGCUAAGAAUCAUUUUAUUCGUGCGGCCUUUCGAAUGAUUUGUAUAUUUUUAUACACCUGCAAUACAAGAACAUUUGCAGAUUACGAUUUAACGAGAUAUACACGAGACAUUCUAUAUUGCAACUCAGAUGUUGAAGUUUGUUAUACUCGAAUUUAUAAUAAGUUACCGAACGAAAAACAAAUUUUCUAACAGUAUCUAAUAAAUAAUGGACAAAUAGGAA